AUGUAUUUUUUAAUACUUUUAAAUAGCUUUAUAGCGAUAAGUGCAUUAGAGUCACGUGUAUAUAACGGCGUUGAUUUGAAUCCACAGCAACACCGGCAUUUGGUACUUCUCACAAUCAAGUCUUAUCGAACAAAUAUCAUAUAUGAAUAUUCCAUUUGCACCGGCUCUAUAAUUAGUGAAAAAUGGAUAAUCACAGCCGCACACUGCGUUCACAACAAGGAUAAGGUCGUGUCAAUUACCGUGCGACAAUUCAAUAAAAAAAUCGACAGGAUCUUAACGCACGUGAGACCAUACAAUAUUUUUAAACAUUCAUUAUAUAUCGACGGUCUUGAUGAGUUGUCCAAUUUUAAAAAUGAUAUUGCUUUAUUAAAAGCUUCAAAUAUAAUCGUCUUUGAUAACUAUGUUUCGCCGAUUAAACUAGCACAAGUUCCGCCUCGGAUUGGAAAUCCUGUAAUAAUGGCUGGAUAUGGACUUAACGAAAUAUCAGAGAUGGGGCCACCAUUGCCGCGACAAGGAGUGGCAAAACUCACUCAAUGCCCUAGCAAUGAAUAUGAAGGUAUGUGGUGUAUAUAUGACUAUGUUAAAACUUCACAUGGAGACUCCGGCGGGCCACUGACCUAUAAGGGCAAAUUGGUGGGCAUUACAUCUGGAGGCGUUGGAGAUGGAUGCGCAAAAGGGGAUUCUCCAAUACAGCCAUGCCGUCAACAUUAUCCAAAAAUAACGUAUCACUAUGAUUGGAUUUUGAAAGUAAUGUAUUACAAUUGA